AUGCACUGCCAAGAGAAUGAGUACCUGGAUGAGCAAGGGAAAUGCACCCUCUGCAGAGACUGCAUGCCCGGGCAGGAGCUUUCCAAGGACUGUGGCGAUGGUAGCGGAGGGGAUGCGCAGUGUGUGGCCUGCCCUCCCAGGAAGUUUAAGGACAGCUGGGGCCAUCACGGCUGCAAGCCCUGCCUCUCCUGCACCCUCAUCAACCGCAUCCAGAAGUCCAACUGCACGGCCACGACCAAUGCAGUCUGUGGGGAGUGUCUGCCGGGGUUUUACCGCAAGGCACGGAUCAGCGGGCAGCUGGACUGGGAGUGCAUCCCGUGCACGAAGCAGACACCAUCCUCUGAGCCUCAGUGUCGGUCCAGAAUAAACCUGGUGAAGGUAGCUGUCCCCACCGUGCCGCCACAGGACACGGCCCUUCUUGCACUGACCAGCAGUGCCCUGGUCAUCAUCGUACUGGUGCUUCUGGCACUCUCCAUCAUCUACUGCAAGCGGUUUUGGAAGAGCCAGUGCCAGCGAGUCUUCCUGAGGACUCAGAACUUCUCGGGCCAGCGAGCAAUGUUCCCGACCGCAGCGACGCCCGGCAGGUUCCUGUGUGAGGAGCAGAUGUCUGGUCCCUGCUGCCUGGGUGUGAAGAACCUGAGUCCCUGCUACAGGCAGGCGGAAGGCCCGGUGGAAGCUGUCCAGUUCAUUUCUGAUGGUGAAGCUGUGGGUCUCCAGCUCCCCUCUCUCCAGCCAGACCCAGACUUGCCACCAUCCACUGCGGUUGGCGCUGCCUCCAAAGUCCAGCUGGGCAGGAGCCUCCUGGAAAGCCAGCCCCUCAUUCGGGCCUCAGGCCGUGGCGACUGCCUGGCUGGGGUCCGAUCGCCUGCCACCCCCAGGCAGGGCCAGCUGGGCACAGCGGAGGCCCUGGCCCCCUUCUCCUCUUGCGCCUCCGAAAUGCAGCACAAGUGGCCUCAUGCCCCGGUGGAGUGCACCGAGCUGGACCUCCAGAAGUUCUCCACUCAGGCAGAGUUCGUGGGCGGCGAACGGCCGGAGGGUGCGGCCGGGGGGGCCCGGCGCCCACCCUCCACCUUCCCGAAUCCCACCACCGAAAGCAGGGAGCAGCCAGUAACCUCUGCGAUGGCCCUGGGGGCAGUGACAGGCAUUGCUGUUCUCAGCAGGCUGCCACCAACCUUGGGGUCUUUGUCUUGCCAGGUGGAUGAUGCCCAGAGCCUCGUGACUCAGAUCAGCAGCACGGCAAAGGGUCUGCUGGUAGCUGAGCUCCCCCAUCCCUUGGUGCAGUCCCUUGCCUUCUUGUUGGACCCUUCCUUGAACGGCGCAAAGAACUUCAGCCACGUGGCGCUGGAGCUGGGCGUCACACCCCAUUUGCUGGGACGGAUAUCUGGAUUUGAGCAGCUCGUCACUCACCUCACCUCCUCGAGAGAUGCCAUCACCAUCCCGCUCCUGGCCCAGGCUCUGCAGCGGCUCCAGCGGUUCGAUGCCUUGCUCCUGCUCUGCGACCACUUCGCCCUCAGCCAGGCUCAGGACCGCCAGCGCUAG